AUGCUGGGGCUCAGCGCGGACGGGCCGGUGCGGCGGCUGCUGCGGGCGGGGGAGGGGGCCAGGUGGCUUGUCCCAGGCCUCCUGAACCUUGGGAACACAUGUUUCAUGAACUCCCUGCUGCAGGGCUUGUCCUCCUGCCCCUCCUUCAUCAGGUGGCUGGAGGAGUUCACAGCCCAGUACAAGACAGAGCAGAGCAAGCCCCAGGAGCACCAACACCUUUCUGUCACUUUGCUGCAGCUCCUCAGAGCUUUGUCCUGUCAGGAGGUGACAGAGGAUGAUGUGCUGGAUGCCAGCUGCCUGCUGGAGGUGCUCAGGAUGAACAGGUGGCAGAUCUCCUCCUUUGAAGAGCAGGAUGCCCAUGAGCUGUUCCAUGUCCUGACCUCUUCCCUGGAGGAUGAACGGGAACGGCAGCCCCGCGUGACCCCCCUGUUUGAUGUGCACUCCCUGGAGCAAACAGAAACAACCCAAAAGCAAAUAAGCUGCAGAACAAGAGGAUCUCUUCCCCCUGUGUCAAACCACUGGAAAUCUCAGCAUCCUUUCCAUGGGAGGCUGACCAGCAACAUGGUUUGCAAACACUGUGAGCACCAGAGCCCUGUGAGGUUCGACACCUUCGACAGCCUGUCCCUGAGCAUUCCAGCAGCUGUGUGGGGCCGUCCCAUGACACUGGAUCACUGCCUCCAUCACUUCAUCUCCUCGGAGUCUGUGAAGGAUGUGGUGUGUGACAACUGCACUAAAAUCCAGGCAGAAGGAAUUCUGAAUGGACAGACCAUAGAAAACCAGAGAACAACAUUUGUAAAGCAAUUAAAGUUAGGAAAGCUGCCCCAGUGCUUGUGCAUCCACCUGCAAAGGCUGAGCUGGUCCAACCAAGGCACUCCCCUGAAGCGACACGAACACGUCCAGUUCAAUGAGUUCCUGGUCAUGGACAUCUACAAAUACCGAGUUCCUGUGCAAAAAUCCAGCCACAAAACCCCAGAGGAAACCCCUGGAACAAAGGAUGGGACAGCAGUGAAACCUCCAGAAGCAGAACAAACCCCUGGUACCAAACCACUCUUCAUGAAUGGUGCCUCCUCCUCUUCCUCCUCCUCCUCCUCCUCCUCGUUUUUAAUGUCCCCGGGAACUUUUCCACUUGCUGCAUUCCCUGAGUGCAGCACGCCGCUGUACCUGUACCGGCUGAUGGCGGUGGUGGUGCACCACGGGGACAUGCACUCGGGGCACUUCGUGACCUACCGGCGCUCGCCGAGCCCGCGGGGGGCCCUGGCGGUGCCCGGGCAGUGGCUCUGGGUGUCGGAUGAUUCGGUGCGCAGGGCCAGCCUGCAGGAGGUGCUGGCGGCCAGCGCGUACCUGCUGUUCUACGAGCGCGUCCACGGCCGCGCCCCGCAGCGCGGCCCCGAGGAGUGACCGCGGCACGGCGGCUGCCCCGAGUCGGGACUGCACCUCGCUCAGACUCCUCCCAGCUCCACGUGGCACCUGUCCUGCAACACACCCCCCCACUCCAUCCGAGGUCCCCCUUCCCCGGGAGUUGUGAUUUGUACCA